UGGCUCGUCAUCUAUAUAUGUGGAGGAGAUGUAUAAGUCGUGGCAAAAGGAUCCCAAUACUGUCCAUAAGAGUUGGGACGCAUUCUUCAAGAGCGCCACCGCAGGAGUACAGCCCGGGUUCGCGUAUACGAGUCCACCCUCUUUGGCCUCCGGGGGCUCUACUCUGCCCGCCAUUGACAUCACCUCAAGCACAGCCUUAAGUCCGCAAAGCGAUGUGUCAGCCGUAGGGCACCGGGAUAUCGACGACCACUUGUCUGUCCAGGCGAUCAUACGCUCCUAUCAGGUUCGGGGACAUUUAGUAGCCAAAUUGGAUCCGUUAAGUAUCACAUCGGCGAACAUCCACUCGCCCCUACACUCUGGUACGCCCAGUUCC